AUGUCGAGCUCGAGCAGAACUGCAAUACUAGUUGCAUUAUCCUUGGUGGUUAUUGCCACCUUGAGCGGGCAGUGCCAAGGUGGCAGUGUGCCGCUACAAGUAGGUUUCUACCAAGGCAAAUGCCGAUCGGCCGAUGUAGAGGCGAUCGUAGGCAUGGUGGUGAAAGCACGGUACUCGAGGGGGUGUGAUGCAUCAAUUCUCCUGGACGGAAGCAACAGCGAGAAAACGGCGAUCCCCAAUCUAAGCGUGCGCGGGUACGAAUUAAUCGACGCGGCUAAAUCGGUGGUGGAAGCUAUCUGCCCUGGCCUCGUUUCGUGUGCUGAUAUCAUAGUCAUUGCCACACGAGAAGCCGUCGCUCUGGGCGGAGGAGGAAGAUACGUCGUACAAACGGGGAGACGAGACGGGGCGGUGUCUCUAGAGAAGAACGUGAAUCUUCCGUCUCCUUCGGUUUCGGUCUCGGAUUCCAUCAAAGCCUUUGCUCAGAAAGGACUUACUCCCAUUGACAUGAUUUAUCUUCUAGGUGGUCACACUGUCGGAAUCACACACUGCUCCCUCUUCCGCGACCGCCUCUACAAUUUCAAGAACACGGGUAAACCCGACCCGAAUAUGGAUUUGGAUCUACUUACAUCGUUGAGACAAAGAUGCCCGCAGAACAAUACUAGUGGCGUCGACAAUAGUGUGAAUCUUGAUCAAAACUCUUUGAGUUCAUUGACGGUUGAUAAUUCGUACUAUAGGCAAAUAGUUUCGAAGAGAGGGAUUCUACAAAUCGAUCAAGAUUUGGCUCUCGACCCGAUUACUAAGCCCACCGUCUCGGCCAUUGCUAAUGGAUUCGACUUUUCGACGAAAUUCGGACAAGCUAUGGUCAAAUUGGGCUCGAUCCAAGUACUCACGGGUAAACAGGGGGAGAUUAGGCGUUCUUGUCGAGCAAUUAACAAGCCUUAA